AUUUUCUUUUGCAAUCACUCAUUGCUCGUUGAGAAUUCAGUUAUCCUUUGCCCUUCUUCCCCACAGUUUAACAAUUUCUCCAAGUCAAUUGUUCAGUUAUCCUUUCCCGCUAGUUUCUCUCUCCAUUGCGCCGCAGUUAAUCACCGUUCGGCGGCAGGCGGCCACACUUUCAGGCUUUCAGCUUAGCUGCGUUUAUGACAUGCUUGUAAACACUGUCUGAAAACAGCAGCAGUUUUGUCUGCUUCUGCAGCCACCCUUUCUUGUUGUUCUUGAUAAAUUAAUAAAUUAUCAGACCAUUUUCCUUAAUCUUCAUCAAAUUCUCCAGAAAUCAGAAUUUCAAAUGUUGACACAAGAUCUCACCUUCUCCAAAUCCUUAAACCCAUUUUCUCUCCCCUCCCCUAAAUGGAAAUUUCCUCACUUCAAAAAAUCCUUAAACCCAGUUUCCAUCCCUAAAUCCCCUGUCUGUUGUUUCCUUAAACCCCUCGUUCUUCAAAACCCUAAACCUCCCUCAAUUGGUCACCAACAUUCCGCCUCCCCCCGCCUUCUUCCCCACCCUCCAGCCGCCGGUCGGAGUAAGAAAACACCCAACACUGGCCGCAUUGAGGGCAGCGCUGAGGUUCGCCGGGAGGCGAAGCGGAAUGCGCGGCGGAAGUCCCGGAAACUGGCGGAAAGCCUCUUUUACAGGCUCAAAAACCCUAACAAAAGUCACCCUGACAAUUUCUCUGAAGAAGAAUUGCAGAUGAUUGGGUUAGGGUAUGAUAGAAUGGUUAGGUUUAUGAGUAAAGAUGACCCUAAUCUUAAGCACCCGUAUGAUUGGUACAAGUAUGGUGAAUUUGGGCCGUAUUCAUGGCGUGGGGUGGUUGUUGGGGACCCUAUUCGCGGUCGAAUGUCUGACGAGUGUGCCACCAUUAUUGGUACUGUGAGGAACCAUGAGGAGUGGGAGAAGAUUGAGCAGCAUGAAAUGGCUGAGGCUUUUGGGAAUCGGUUGCGAACAUUUGAUAUGAAUUUGGGGCUGCAGAAUUUCUGGGUGUUUGUUAGGCAUCCGAGAUGGAGACUCAGUGAUCUACCAUGGGAGCAGUGGACUCUGGUAUGUGAAGUUGUGCUCGAAGCCGGGGAUCAAAGGUUGGAUAAGUGGAAUUUGAUGGGUAGGUUGGGGAAUCAAACAAGGGCAAUGAUCACUCAAUGUGCAGCUUGGAUGAGACCUGAUAUAAUCUAUGUCAAGAGACCAGUUUUUCAAUGUCGGUUCGAGCCUCAAGUUAACUUCUUUACGGCAAUGUUGCCAUUCCUCAACCCUGAAACAGAGAAUGACUUUUUGUUUGAGUUGGAGGAUGAUGAAGGGAGAGUUGAAUUGAUUACUUAUUUUGGUGGGUUGUGUAAGAUUGUGAAGGCGAGCACAAAGGCGUAUGUGGAUGAUGUGGUGAAGGCUUAUGAGAAGCUGAGUGAUGAGAAGAAGUCUAAAUGUUUGGAGUUUUUGUUGAUGAAUCACCCUGUUCAGCUGUUGCACCCUUACACCAAGGAAUGGAAGGCCAAGUUGGAGGAGGAGGAGAUGGGAUGUGAUGCCCCUGAUGAUGACGAUGAGGAUGGUAGUUUUCAUCGUCGUAAUGCUAACUUAGAGUUUACUGAAUGGGUUGAGGAUGACAAAGAUGGGAACAUUGAUGAUGAUGAUGAUGGUAGUGAGGAUGAUUAUGAUGUUGUUGUGAAUACAGAUGAGGAGGACGAAGAAGAGGAUGAGUUGGGAUUGCAAGAAGAUGACUUAGGUGAUGAAGAGGAUGAGAAGUAUUGGAAAGAUGAGUUUCAGAAAGCAAUGAGAAGUAACAAUGAGAUGGAGACUUUUGUGAAACGGAGUGUAGAAAGAACGAGCAAACUGUAUGAGAAGCAGUUAAAGGAAAUGGAAGAGAGUGAAAGUACAAGUAACAAGGACGAGGAUGAAGAUGAGGAUGGUGAUGGUGAUGGUGAUGAGACUGCUUUGAGAGGUAAAAGAGCAAAGGUGAGUCCACAAGAAUGGAAAACCAUUGGGAUGGGACCUUGGAGGAAGAAGACUAAGAAGAGUAAAAUUCCUCCUGAGCUGUUUCUGAGAGCUGCUAUUAGACCUUUUACAUACAGGAAUCUUGUAAAGGAGAUUGUGCUAACAAGACAUGCUAUUUUGGAUGGUGAUAUUGAACUGGAUAAGUGAACCCAACCAUCCUAUUUCAGACUUCUCCUUUACUCGAUCUUCUGCCCUUGUUGCUUCUUCAGUUUUGUAGUUCGGAGUAGUGUAACUGUGUAAGUACUUACUAUUUUAGAUGUGCUUUUUUUUGCAUAGACUCCUAGAAACAUGGCAGGAUUGUUUUGUUGCCUUCUUUUUACUAGAAAAAAUCAUCUAAGAAAUUUGUAUUGUAUUCAAAUAAGUAAUUUCAACUGAAAUAAUGCUUCAACGUUCA